AAAAUUUAUUAUUGCUGCUGCUAUUAUUAGGUGAACAGACGUGAGAUUUGUAGAGACUCACUGUCCCUGAACCAAAUCAACGAAAAAAGUAAAAUGUUUUCGAUUAGAUUCUGUGAUUUCUACUCUCUCACUCUCCGUCUCCUGCUCUGUUCAGUAGCUGUAAUCUUAGCGCAAAAUGAAGACCCAAUUACUCGAACCAUGGAGGCCUUUUCUGGAUACCCAAUUCAUCAACUAUCAUCCUUUCCUACUUCACUUUCAGUGGAUCCCCUCAGUCUUCACAAACAAAUUGAUGAGCUUGCUACUUUCUCCGAUGCACCUGCCCCUUCAGUUACUCGAAUUUUGUACUCUCCCAAAGACGUAUUAGCUCGCAGGUACAUCAAAAACUUGAUGGGCCUCUCUGGAUUAUCUGUUAGAGAGGACGCUGUUGGUAACAUAUUUGGUCGAUGGGAUGGCUCCGACCCACAGCUGGCUGCAGUUGCAACUGGUUCUCACAUUGAUGCUAUUCCAUAUUCUGGGAAAUAUGAUGGCGUUGUUGGUGUUUUAGGUGCAAUUGAAGCUAUAAAUGUACUAAAAAGGUCUGGAUUUAAGCCUAGAAGGUCGUUAGACAUCAUCUUGUUCACAUCCGAAGAGCCAACUCGUUUUGGGAUCAGCUGUUUGGGAAGCCGAUUAUUGUCAGGGAGUGAAGCACUAGCAGAAUCUCUGAAGUCAACAUUUGAUAAUCAGAAUAUAUCCUUUCUAGAAGCUGCUAGGUCUGCGGGGUAUGUAAAAGACCAGGAUGAGCUGUCUACUGUAUUCCUAAAGAAGGGAAGUUAUUCUGCUUUUGUGGAGUUGCAUAUAGAACAGGGACCUAUUCUAGAAGCAGAAGGUAUAUCAAUCGGCGUAGUAACUGCAAUUGCAGCCCCUGCAAGCAUAAAAGCAGAUUUUGAAGGAAAUGGCGGUCAUGCAGGUGCUGUCUUGAUGCCACAAAGAAAUGAUGCUGGAUUAGCAGCUGCAGAGUUGGCACUAUCUGUUGAGAAGCAUGUGCUAGAAUCUGGCUCAAUUGAUACUGUUGGGACAGUAGGUAUUCUUGAGUUGCAUCCUGGAGCAAUCAACAGUAUCCCAAGCAAAUCACACCUAGAAAUUGACACUCGAGAUAUUGACGAAAAUCGAAGAAAUAAUGUAAUUGAGAAGAUUCAGCAAUCUGCUAUUACAAUUGCCAAAAAGCGCGGGGUCAAGCUAUCUGAAUUCAAGAUUGUAAAUCAGGACCCUCCAGCUCUCUCUGAUAAGUUUAUCAUCGAGGCCAUGGAAGCUGCAUCGAAAGAGUUAAACUUGACGCAUAAGUUAAUGAUUAGCAGGGCUUACCACGAUUCAUUGUUUAUGGCUAGGAUAUCUCCAAUGGGCAUGUUAUUUAUUCCAUGUUACAAAGGAUUUAGCCAUAAGCCCGAAGAAUUUGCGUCCAUGAAGGACAUGGUAAAUGGGGUGAAAGUAUUAGCACUGACCCUUGCCAAGUUAUCUUUGAACUGAGGUAUUCCUUGCAUCUCUUCUACUGCAUUUUUUUUCUGAAAAUGCAAAGCAAGAAUUAUGAUCAUUAAUUGGAGGAAUCCAUGCAACAAAUGACAUAACGAAUAAUUAGCUUUUGUAAUGGCGGCCUUGAGUCGCUUGUGGAGAUGUUGAAUCUGUUGCGCAUUGUGUAUCACACUUCAUCCUAUCAAUUUAGUAUCAAUGUAAAUUUCUCUUAAAACAAAUAACAAGAAAGCAUGUGGCUUUUUUACUGUUAUGAAUUGCCAGUCAAUCACAUUCGCAUUUGUCUCA